UUACGAGGAUGAAUGAUAUCCUGGUUUCUUGCUACACCCUUGCAUCGAACAUACUAAUGAUGACAGCCUGAGAUAUCGGUGCUUUCUCUCUAACCUUUCCACGACGCGGCAUGCCUCUAUGAGCUGAUCCCGACAAUUCGAAAGAAUGUUAUCACGCCAAACAGCGGCCUCGCGGGAUGCAGGCUGACUUGGCGGCCUCUCCUGUGUCUGCCUACUUCAUCGCCUUCUUUUGCCAUUAAAAAAGGAAUUUCGCCCUCGCCCAUCAAUUUAGCCACUAGAAAAGCUUGUUCAUUACUUGCUUGGCUCAGAUGAUGUCGACGUUCACGUGUGACGAGAAACUUGCCCUCACUGAGAUUCGACUAAUUCAGCUCCUCCCAGGAGAAUGGCUCGACGACCUCGAAUCUAGGCUGUAUGUGGCCGAUCGAGAUCAUGAGUACCAAGCCUUAUCAUAUGCAUGGGGGGGUUCGAAGCGAUCAAACCAAAUCACCGUCAACGGCAAGAUCCACAAGAUCACUUUCAAUUUGGACAGGGCCCUGCGUGCUGUUCGAAAACAGACAGAACCCGCAACUUUCUGGGUCGACUCCCUAUGCAUCAAUCAAGAUGAUGCAGCCGAAAAAGGUCAACAAGUCGGUUUGAUGCGCGAUAUCUUUGGCUCGGCCACGGAAGUCAUUGCCUACGUCGGAGAUGGCCUGGAUCGAAGUCGAAGAGACUAUUCAUCUCGCUUUGAAAAAAUUAGGGAAGAACCCCCGGACCAUUUUCAGCGCAAUGAUACGGAGCACCUGAAGCUCUGGGACAAGUGGAAAGAUUCUCGACCGGGGUCACUGACAGAUCAUGAAGAGAUCAUAAGUCCUCUUGACCGCAUGGCUUCAGCGGCUCAGUCGUUGGGACAGAAAGACGUGAAGCCAAUGCUCAAAGAGGCACACUUGCCACUGGUUUCUGAACGAAUGCGACAUUUUGCAACAAGCGACUGGUGGAAUCGGAUGUGGAUUGUCCAAGAGGCAUGCGUCGCUCGACAGCUUACUGUUGUUUAUGGCCGUGCUUCGAUCCCUUUUAUCUGCAUUGGAAACGCGACUCGGACAUUCCUACAAUCACCCGCAACACACUACUCGGACUUAACCAAAGUCAUUACCUUCCUGUCAGGUAAAGCAGACGCUAUCAGCCCUGCUGGCCUCGGGUUGGGCAUGGUUGGCAGCAUGGUGGACUUCACUACGAACAACUCUCUGUUGUGGCUUCUAAGAAGAUUCCGCAAUCGCAAGUCCUCGGAGCCGCGCGACAAGAUAAUUGCGCUUCUUCAACUUGCCGAGCAUAUGAAAAAGGAAAAUCUGUUCCAACACAACAAAUUGGAGCUUUUUUCUCACGCAGCAUACGAGAUCAUCCGCGACACUGGUCUCCUCUGGAUGACUACUCAAGACCUACUUGCUAAGAGCCGCAAAGAUAUUCCCUCUUGGGUGCCAGAUUGGUCUUCCGAUUACAUGGUUCCUGGUUUCGAUGACAGACGACAUCACGUAGACCGGCGGAAGCCAGUCCAUUGCCUCCCCACUAUGAUCAGAUAUACGUCAGGCCCGCCAUUUCAAGAAGAGAGGCAGCGAUCUGCCCUAAUUCUCAAAGGCGUAGCUUGCGGCGUCAUUGAUACCGUCAGCCAGGUCAUUCGGAAUGAUCUCUCAAACAUUGUUGACGCUAUAUCCUCAAAGGGAGUGCCCAAAAUAUGGUUCCAAGCUUCGACGGCACUUGGCGAUGAACAGUCGUGGAGCAAUGACCUAGAUGGCGGUGAAUCACACAUACUCAUCCGCUUGCUCAAGGAUUACGACUUGCAAGAGCGGUCUGAGGCAAAUGAUCUUUCUUGGAUGGAGGAUACUGUCCGAACCAUGGCUGCCGGAGACCGGCUGUUCGUUACCGACCGAGGCCAAAUCGGGCUGGGCCCGGGCAGCAUGUGUAUGGGGGAUGAACUCUGCGUUCUUGAAGGCAGACUCAUGCCCUACGUGCUGAGGAAACACGUCGGAACAAUCUGCACUGAGUCUUCGAGGGUCCAUCAGAUGGAGAGCAUCAUGGGUGUGCACCGCUUCACAAUGGUCGGGAGCUGCUAUACUGCUGGCAUCAUGAAUUGGGGCGACGAAGCGCGUGGUUGGGGAGAUAAUCCAAACGAUAUUGAGGAGCUGGAUUCAAAGCUGAGACGACGGCUCAACGCUCCUGAACUCGCCGAGACCGCGUUUCUUCUGGUCUAA